AUGAAAUCACAAUUGAUCCUCUUUAGCUUCCUCACAAUUGCCAUAACAAUCAGUCUAUCCACCAGCGUCGCUGGUGGUGGGCAUCACCAUGACGAGUGGAAGCCAAUACACGAUCUGAAAGAAGAACACGUGAAGAAAAUCGCGGAGUUCGCAGUGAAAGAGCACAACAAGGAAGAAAAGGAGCAUUUGAAGCUUGAAGAGGUGGUGAAGGGAGAAUAUAAAAAGGCACGUCGUCAUAAGAGCAAGUACAGGCUGGUUUUAGCUGCCAAGGAUGAGAAGAAGGAGAAGAGCAUAGAGGAAGAGCAUAAGAAGGAUAGCAAACACUACGCGGCGGUUGUGGUUGAGAAAUCAAAGAAUGACCAGCACCGAUUGCAUCUAAUCUCGUUUAAGCCUGUCAAGUGAUAAAAAAUAUCAUAUAUAAUCAAAGCUUAA